AAGUCGUGCCGCCACUACUCGUGAUGAUUCGAUUUAGUGUCGUAUUCCAGACCUUAAGAAGUCUUAACGUCCAGGUUAAGAAGAAAGAUGUAACUACACUAUCAGACUUAUUCUAAUCACCCUUCCCGCCCCACUACAUUUGUAUUACUCCUAAUCCUUUCUAACUAAACGGGAUCUAAAGAUAGUGAAAACAUACAUAUUUGCGCUGCUAUUCCGUAUAUUCGUAUCAUUCUAGAGAGCACUCCUUCAGGCUUGCCGUGAACUCGGAUCGACUCAUCAGUUCGGGUAAUUUGUGUCACGGAACCCACCCCGAAUCGACUUUUGUCCUCUUCCUACAUAGUUUCGCAUCCACACGGCCUCUUGAGACAUCGGAAAGUUCAACCGUAGGGUUGUUAUUAGGGUUACUUACUUCGCACCCGCGAGUGCCCCGACCAGCUUAGAUGCAUAAGCCGUCCUAGCUGAUCUGUUGGAUAUUUUGGCAUCGCCAUUGGUAGCAGUCCCGCUAUGGAAGUGGGUGAAUCUGGCACUAGGCAAAGGUCCGUUCUUAUCUGGAGCUACUCGCUCUAGUGUGCCCGGCAUCGUUUCGUCGAACUCAAGUUGAUCAAUAUAUUCAUAUCAGUGGUUUUUCCUCCGCUAGCAGACUUGAUACGUAUAGCCAGCGACUUCCAGAACCAGCAGAGCGGCAUCGCGAAGUGCCGAUGAUGGCAGCCACCGCUUUAAUGAAUCCAGCUCCCGUAUACCAUCCUCAUAAGCCUCCAUUUCCACCCGCUUACCAUCAACCACCGCCGCCGAUGCCUGGCAUGAUUUCACCGGGAGAGAGUAGGAGAACGCCGAACGAGGUGGAGCCCUCCCAACGGCAAUCCUUACCUUCUAUAUCAGAAGUUUUCUCGGGGGCUAAGCCCAGUCAUUAUUCACCAACUCCUACAACAUUGGCCGGUGCUCACAAUCUUCCUCCCCCGUUAAGAGCUGAGCCGCCACCAGAAUCACGAUCAGUUCCUCCAGCACAUGAAGACAAGUUCUUCCGGUACUCUCAGCGAUCAGAUAUCGGGCCACCGCCAGGUCCUCCAGGUCCUCCUGGCCCUCCAAAUUCAACAUAUGCGUUCCAAGAGCAGCGUGAUCCUGCUAAGCCGCCGGAAUCGGUAUCAAAUUCUCAUGCGAACCCUCCGCCUCAGAUUCCAUACCCGCCAGGUCAAUACCCACUACCUGGUGCACCAAUCUCUCCACACCAUCUUGGUCCUUCCUUACCACCUUACGAUCAGUCACGGCCACCUCUCCACAGCGACGAAGAGUAUGGGAUGCAUAGAGGCCGUUACGAUUCUGCUACUCUAAAUCGACAUUUUGAGUCGUGGAGCUACCAGGAUUGUUUAAAUAAGUUGGUGUGGACGUCAAGAACGGUCUGCAAUUUCGCUGAGGCGUAUAGUAAGAUUGCCUCGGAGCAGCACGGCGGACAGCCCAUCCCAGAACGCUUGCCGAGCGACCAGGAGGUUUCAAGCAUGCUCGGAAAUGUAGAGUUUAUUAAGCGUUCCCUCGAAAAUCUCCGAGAAAUAGUACAACAUAGUUUAGCGACUGAAAAGGCCCGGGAAGGUCGCGGUAAGGGGCCGUACGAAGGGGAUGACGAUAUAAGCAUGUACGGCGAUGGCAUGAAACAGCCAUACGGGCUUAGCGAGGUCAAAAAGCGAAGAGGCCGCGCAGCACCUCCUGGUCGGUGUCAUAGCUGCAACAGAAUCGAUACCCCAGAAUGGCGACGAGGACCCGACGGUGCAAGAACAUUGUGCAAUGCCUGCGGACUUCAUUACGCUAAACUCGAAAGGAAACGCCAAAUGGAGCAACGUUCUAUCCGACCCAAAGCUGUCGAAGAGCGUGUUUAAGUUCAGCAUCUGGAUUUUGAUCCAAAUAAUCCAAAGCUUUUGGUAUUACAGUAAUAAUUCAUUGUCCUAGCCUCUCAGGGGCAGGGCAAAGGUGAUGCGUGGUCGUUAUUCUGGAACAUGGCCAGCCAAUAAUUAUUUCAUCGACAUCUGCCUUCUCGACCUUCCGAGAUUUACCAUACAGCUAUCAGC